UAUGUCAAAAAUGGCGCGAUGUUUUGAGACGAGAGGCUAAUUGACUGAUCAAUAUUAAUGUUGUAAGAUGGACACGGAGGAAAUUUGUAGUAUCAGUAUAUCUCCACUGGUGACCAGCCCAUUUGCAAUACAAUGGUCACCUGAUAAUCAUAUCUCAUUAAUUACAGAAAAGGGAGUUCAUGUAUUCGAACUGAUACCUUCACCCAUGUCUUCUAAUCCGUUCGUCAAGUUUGCUCGGUCUUUUGUACAUCCUUCUGACAUUUUACCAGCACAUGCAUUUAUAAAUCAGAUAGACUCGUUUGUAUGGAAUUUAGAUCGUGAAGCAGUUUACUCACUGCUCAUGGAAGAGGCAAUUACACCAAAGUUGGACGGUUUAAAUGAGACAAUCGUUAGAAUAACAAAGGUAGCAUGGUCGCCGAAAAAUUUAAUCUCUCCAAAUCAAUGUGUCUUAGCAAUAUUGACAGUAGCAGGUGCGAUUGAAUUGUUACAUAAAGUUUCCAAUGAAUGGUAUUCUAUAUGCGACGUUUCAUCUCUUCAGCUUAAGAUUGUGCAAGAUGAAAUUAAAUCAAAGCUCAAUGAAUGUAAAAAAUUGAAUAAUGAGUAUGCAGUAAUAAGUGAAAGCAUGAGACAGUUACAAGCUUGCUCUAUGACAUGGAGUGAACUUUUCAAAGUAAAAGAAGUUUUCUUUGCAUAUUUUUCUAUAGCUUAUCGCAGUGGCGAAAUAUCAAUUUGGAGAAUUCCUAGAAUUUCAAAUUUUUCUGAAAGUUUGCAACCUGUGCUUGUUAAUAAAAUAAAUCUAGACAAGACUAUAAAGAUUAAUGUAUUGUGUUGGAUCACUAUUGAUGCAAAGGAACAUUUACUUAUUGUUGGAUGUUUUGAUGGCCAAAUAUAUGGCAUAAAAUUAAUAUGUAAUGCUGAUGAUCUGGAAGUAGCAGUGAUAGAAAGAUAUAUCACUCCUGAUCAUAUAUCGGUCAAUUAUUUAUAUGUUCUCUCUCAAGAUAAAUCAAAUGUAAGGAUUGUUGCUGCCAAAGGCGUUUUUCUUUUGUUAUUGUGUAUAAAUUCGACAGGAGUACUGGAAGAUAUGCAACAUUUACAAGUGGAAGGAUAUAAUAUUACAGGUAUGAUCCCUGUUACUGCUCAACAAUUUAUGAUUUCCACACAGAACAGUCAUAUUUUUAUUGUUGAUACACGAUUAAACGAUUUAAUUUGCAUCGAUAUCCAAACUCAUUUACCUCAGACACAUGUUCAGUACUUAGGACUCACUUAUUCGCCAAACAAAGUAAUGAUUAUAAAUAUAGCCAGUCCGAAUACAAUCUAUGAUCAUUUAGUGACAAAGGAGCCGAGUACAAUGCAUAUAUUCGCUUUAAAAGGUGCAGUGCAGGAUCCAUUGCGUAUUAUUAAUAACAGUACAAAUCUCAUAAGUGUUUGGGACUGCAUAGAAGUGCUUAGGAUCAAAGCUGCUAAAGCAGAAGAUCCAAGUGUGAUAUUACGUCAGAUUCCGGAGAAGCUAGACUCUUCGUCGCUAUACGAUUUGCAAUUAUCAAUGUGGAUGACAGUUAUGAUCAAUGUGUGCACCACAAAAACGCAAAUGCUGAAUAUGAAUCACAUAAAAGAAGGCAAGAUAGCGAAUGCGCUUCCAUUAAUCCAUGUACACUCCAUUUGCACGUACAUCGACAAUACGAUGAAAAAGAGCAAGCUAUCAGUGGAUCAGAUGCACGCCGUGAGCUUAUUAAACAAAUAUUUAAAAAUGUACCUUGCAGAUCAAGAUGAGGGGAAUGAGAACGUUGUGCAUCGAUACGCUCGGGAAACAUUGAAUAAGAUUGCAUCUCAUCCCAAUCAGAUUGAGAAGUGCAAUUUGUGCGAUGAAGUGAUAGAUGAGUCCUUGAACACUAAAUCGUGUUCUCGGGGCCACAAGUUGCCCAGGUGUACUUUGACACUGUUACAGAUAACAUCGUUGGAAUAUCGCGAAUGCUCGAUAUGCAACCAAAUUUUUCAUCCAUGCAUGGAAGAAAUAUAUGAGGAACCGCAAUGUCCAUUCUGCGAUGUACCUCUUUUGUACAACUCUUAUGGUUUUGACAUAGAAGGGUCUGAAUUGUAUGGGAAAAAUUUAUCACAAUCACGAAUUAAUGUCAUAGAAUCGAAAGAUGAUUUGGAAGAACAGACUGAAAAACAGCGGAAAGACAAGUGGAAUACUGCGCGUACGUACUCGGUAAUUGUAAAUGACAACGAAGACGAAUCAGCGAGAAUUACAGAAAAAUGGGAAAAAUUUUAACGGCAUAAUGUAAUUUGUGAUUGUAAUUAUUAGAUAUAUUAGAU